CUUUGUCUCUUACCGUAUGGAGUUGGUACUUGCGCAGAUAACCGAGGGGACGGUGGGAAGACUCUCGGCUUGAACCGGCGGUGAAGAUGAAGUCGCGAUUCAACACCAUCGAUAUCCGAGCGAUUGUAUCUGAACUGCAGAGCUUUGUGGGAAUGAGAGUAAACAACGUGUAUGAUGUGGACAACAAAACUUACCUCAUUCGGCUUCAGAAAAUUGAAAUGGGCUGGGAUAUUUGUGAUUUUUCUGCUGUUGACGGAAGUGGAGGAGAAGUAAACAGAAUAGAUGAGGGUGCUGAAAGCAAAGGAACGGGAGUACUAAUGAUAUUAGUUGAUAUCAGCCUCCUUAAUGCUGACUGGUACAAAGGACAAACUUCUGCAUUCUUCGUGUCCUACCAUUUAAUUGAAGCUGGUAACAUAAUCCUCACUGACAAUGAGUAUACAAUUCUAAAUCUCCUGCGUUUCCGUACUGAUGAGGUACAAGAUGUGAAGUUUGCUGUUCGUGAACGAUAUCCUGUUGAUAAUGCUAAAGGUCCAGAGCCUCCACUAUCUUUAGAGAGGUUGAACGAGGUCUUGGCUAAUACACCAAAAGGAGAACAAAUAAAGAAAGUACUCAAUCCCCACCUUUCUUGUGGAGCAACAUUGAUUGAGCAUUGCCUGAUGAAGUUUGGAUUCUCUAGUAAUGCAAAAAUAGAUGAAGAUUUUGAUUUGUCCAAAGAUGGAGUGAAACUUUUGGCUGCUCUACACUCGGCUGAGGAAUUUAUGGAGAUGACAACUAACUUUAAAGGACAGGGUUAUAUAAUACAGAAACAAGACAGAAAGCCAAGUUUGGAUCCAGACAAGCCACCUGAGGAGUUGUUGACCUAUGAGGAAUUUCAUCCAUUUCUUUAUGAGCAGCAUACAAACUAUUCUUGCAUAGUGUUUGACUCAUUUGAUAAGGCAGUUGAUGAGUUUUACUCAAAAUUAGAAGGCCAGAAAAUAGACUUAAAGGCUUUGCAACAGGAAAAACAAGCAUUGAAGAAACUGGAAAAUGUUCGUAAAGACCAUGAGAAAAGAUUGGAUGCACUACAAGCAAAUCAGGAAUAUGAUAAGUUGAAGGGAGAGCUUAUUGAGAUGAAUCUGAAUGUUGUUGAUAAAGCUAUUGAAGUGAUACGCAGUGCCUUAGCUAAUCAAAUUGACUGGACAGAAAUUGGGAGCAUUGUAAAAGAAGCACAGGAACAAGAAGAUCCAGUAGCUUGUUCCAUUAAAGAGCUGAAGCUGAACACCAACCACAUUACUAUGUUGCUGAAAAACCCAUAUGUAACUGAUGAUGAAGAUCAAGAUGAUGUUGAUCUAGAUGAAGAUGUUCAAAAUGAACAAGCAAAGGCCAAGAAGAAAAAAGACAAAAAAAAGCAGCAAAAGAAAAUACUACAGAAAAACAGACCAGUGUUAGUGGAUGUGGAUCUUAAUCUGUCUGCUUAUGCUAAUGCAAAAAAAUAUUAUGAUCACAAAAGGCAUGCAGCAAAGAAGGAAAAGAAGACAGUUGAAGCUGCAGAAAAGGCACUUAAAUCAGCGGAGAAAAAAACAAAAAGAACAUUAAAAGAAGUUCAAACAGUCAUUACAAUUCAGAAGGCAAGAAAAGUAUAUUGGUUUGAGAAGUUCUUGUGGUUUAUCAGCAGUGAAAACUACCUUGUAAUAGCUGGUCGAGACCAACAACAAAAUGAGUUGAUCGUCAAACGGUAUCUUAAAUCAGGUGAUAUUUAUGUACAUGCUGAUCUCCACGGUGCCACCAGCUGUGUCAUCAAGAACCCAAAAGGUGAACCAAUUCCACCACGUACCUUGACUGAAGCUGGCACAAUGGCAGUUUGUUACAGUGCUGCCUGGGAAGCACGUGUAAUUACUAGUGCUUGGUGGGUCUAUCAUAACCAGGUAUCAAAAACGGCACCUACAGGAGAAUACCUGACCACAGGAAGUUUCAUGAUCAGAGGUAAAAAGAACUAUCUUCCGCCUUCUUAUCUUAUGAUGGGAUUUGGCUUUUUGUUUAAGGUUGAUGAACAAUUUAUGUGCAGGCACAUAGGUGAACGGAAGGUAAAAGUGCAAGAUGAAGACAUGGAAACAGUAACUAGCAGCACAUCGGAACUAUUUUCUGAGGAUACUGUACCUUUAGCCCAAUCAGACAAUGAUGAAAGCAGUAGCGAUGAAGACAAGGAGACUGGUACAGAAGUCGGAAACAAUCAGUGUGAAGAAAUGAAGGGGAUUGAAGAAGGUCAACAGGACAAUGAUGACAGCAGUAGUGAUGAUGACAAAGAGAUUUCUACACAAGCUGAAAAUGAACAGUGUAAAGAGGUGCACAGGGUUGCAGAGGUUCAACAGAACAAUGCUGAGAGCAGUAGUGAUGAUGAUACAGAAACCAGUUCUGAAUUUGAAAACAAGCGGCAUGAAGAGGAGCAAAGAGAUGCAGAGGAUCAACAGGACAAUGAGAGCAGUAGUGAUGAUGAAAAAGAGAUCAGUACAGAAGCUGAUAACAAGCAGUGCAAAGAGGUGCUAGUGAUUGCAAAGGGCCAAAAGGACAAUGCUGAAGAUGAAUCUGACAAACAAGCUGAAAAAGACAAUGAUCUGAAAGAUUCUGGAGAUUCGCAGAAGGUUGAGGCAGAUCAGGAUGAAGAAGAAAAUGUAGAAUUUAGUUAUCCUGAUACAACUAUUGAUCUGUCGCAUCUUCAAUCAAAGAGAUCUUUCCAGAUACAUAACACAUCGAAAGAAGAACUGAUUGAAGAAGUAUGGGUCGACGGGAAAUCCCAAGGUCGGAAACACCUGUCAGUCAAAGAAAGGAAAGAAAUGAAGAAAAAGAAAAAGCUAGAUUCUGAGGACUCUGAACAAACAAUGCCAUUAGAAACUAGGAAAACACAAUCUGUAGAAGAACAGGAUACAAAAAAAUCUUCAUCUUCUCAACAGCCUUUGAAAAGAGGACAAAAGGCUAAACUGAAGAAAAUUAAAGAAAAAUAUAAGGAUCAAGAUGAAGAGGAUCGUGAAUUAAUGAUGAAAUUGCUUGGGAAUUUUAGAUACAAGGUGAAACUCACACCUGGAACACAGAAGAAAGGGAAGGCGGCUAAAACAGCCUUGAACAACUUCAUGCAUUCCAAAGAAGCCAUGCCACGAGAAAAAGAUUUAUUACGCAGUGUAAAGGAUACUGAUUUGUCAAGAAACAUACCUGGCAAAGUGAAGGUUUCAGCACCUAAUUUGUUAGCUAAUAAGCGGAAAUAACAUCGCAGGAUUUACUUUCGUUGAAGUUGAUGGAUAGUCCUCGGAGACAUUAAUUUGCAGCACGUCUAAUGAUGAAAAUCCUAAAGAGCUAAUUUAUUAAAAAUUAUUUAAAUAUGACCAGAGGAAGUGAUAAACAUAUGUCUCUGUACUUGGUUUGGUGCUGCUCGAAGCUUAGAAAUAAAGCUACUGUUAAACGUUGAUGUACACCUUAUCCAGACUGAUUAACUUGUUUUAAAACGAGUAUUCAUGACAUAAUGAAUGAAUGACAUUUCCAAAUAAUGACUUUGAAAUUCAACUUAUUUCCACAAAAUUGUAGGGAGGAAAGAGAGGAGUAUUGCAUCAAUUUUUUAUUUAGCCAUGUAUCAAAAAUAAUUUUUCUUUAACAUUAAUAUCAAGACAUUAAUCAAUCAAUUAGCAGUAAUUCACUUAAAACAUUAUGCCCAGUAUCUAGAGAAAUGCCUGUAGUUUGACUGCACUGCAUGCAGUUUCCAACCUCCUAAUAUUGCAGAUGGUACAAAAGAUAUGAUUUUCUGGGAAAGUCUGCCUAGUUCUUGACCAGUUUACUUUAGAAUACUGACUUUUGAAUCCUUUUAAGAAUGAAUGAAUUGCUCUCUCACCAGCAAAUUUGUGGCCAUACAUUGACAAAGUUGAAUCAUAUGACGAUCAACAAUUGAAAGAGCUAGCAACGUACUAACUAGUGACAAAUUCUUAACUGUGGAUAAAUCUCCCUCUUUCAGUUUUCAAUUUUUUGAAAAAUAGAAUUGUUAUAAUUAAACCAUGCCAUAAGAUUGUGAUGCUUUAUAAGUUUUAUUUUGAAAGAAUCGAUAUGUUGGAAUGUAUUUUCUUACUGAGAUACAGAUGAUGAAGGACAAUAUCAGAAAAAUAGUUGUGGGUCAGUAAUCCUGUAGUUACAGAAAAUAAACGUUAGGAACAAUAGACAUGAGCACUCCUAUCAAUGUGCUGACCCCUCAGCAAUUUCAUGUAUGUCCAUAACAACAAACAUUGGUUCCAAAAUUUGAAAUUUUCAACUGUAAAUAAAGUUGUAUUCUUUAUGUUCAA